UGAAAUUUGAAAUUUGUUGUGAGGUCACCACGCUAGCUUGGGUCUACUGACACGUUGGUUAGUCUGCACACCAGACAGGUGCAUGAAGCUAACAGACUUCAGGUGGAUGGAGACACUAGGGGAAGAGGUCGGUGAAGAACAAUGCGCAUGAGGUGAUGGUGGGGGAUCAUCACGGACUGAGGGAUGGACAACGGCGUUUGUUCACGUAACUGGUCUGCUGGAGGACGCCGGGAGCAUCAGCCUGCGCGCUUCUCGUCGUCUUGGACGCAGCUUCCUCACCCGCAAGCAUGGCAACUCUUAGAGUGCUUCCCGGAGUCCGUGUCCCCAGUGUCCCCUGAGGCUGCAGAGGUGCACGUCGUCACACAGCCGCUCACACAGGACGACGGGGUAGUUGUGGCAGAGAAAAAUGUUGGCGACAGUGAAGACGAAACGUUGGUUUCCUCUCGUCUUGAAGUUAUUUCUCCAAAUUAUUCUCGGCGAAACAUUCCCGGCUCCUCCAGCCAAGGACACAGCUCCGGCACCACGGGCAGCUUUGAGGACAUUCGCUCGCCUCCUGGUGCGUCUGCUAGUCAGCCUGACAGCAACACAAGCUUCCAUCAGCGAUCACCCAGGGUGGAUAGCAACGACUCUGAUUCUAGCAGCGGUUCCCAAGAACAUUGCUCUUCCAAUGAAGCCAGCAACGCGGGAACCUCAAAGAGAUCCACCACUGGCAGCAAGAAAGGCCAGCAGUAUUUCCCCAACUACAUGAACGGGGUGGAGCUGUGCAUGGUGUGUGGCGACGCGUCCACUGGCUACCACUACCGGACGAUGACGUGUGAAGGGUGCAAGGGUUUUUUCCGACGAACAAAUCAAAAGAAGCUGGUAUAUCAGUGCAAGUACAACAAGACCUGUGUUAUUAACAAGAACACGAGAAACCAAUGUCAAGACUGUCGCUACCGCAAGUGCAUUCAAGUCGGCAUGGCCGCGGACUUGGUGCUGGACGAGCCCCAGCGACAGGCCAAGCGGAAGUUGAUUGAGAAGAAUCGUCAGCUGCGACAGAUACAGCAGGCAAAGCGCAGCCGCACCGACACCAGCGACACCAUCAGCUGUCCUGACCAUCUGACUGACUCCGACAGCUCUCUCAUCGCCACAAUCCUCGCCUCCUUCAUCACGAUGACCUCCAAGCCGGUUUCGCCGGAGUCGGACUGUGCUGAGGAGGCAUUAGGCCAGGAGGUCUGGUCCAGCCUGCCCUGCGUGUUAAAGAGGUUAGCACCCGCAGUUGCUAACAUCCACGCCUUUGCCAACACUCUACCCGGCUUCACGUCUCUGACGAUGGGGGACCAGAAACUGAUGAUCCGGAAUUGCUGCGUGGAGGUGAUGAUCCUGCAGGCUGCCAGCCGUUACGACAGGACGACCAGGGCGCUGACCUUGAAGUGUGGAGGCAUCAUGACGGUGGACCAGGAGAUGAACCCGGCCUUGACCGAGCUCCAGCGUUUUUUCGAGAGAGUGUCUGGCCUUGACCUCGACGACACGGAGUUGUCGCUGCUGACAGCUUUGUUGAUCAUGCACUCAGACCUGACGGGAUUGGAAGAGGGGGCGGCCAUCGACCAGCACCAAGACAACCUGCUGACCGCAUUUCGCCGCCACAUGAGGCAGCAGCACGCCGACCAGCCGCUGCGAUGGCCGCGCAUUCUGAUGCUUUUGAGAGAAAUUCGAGGCUUGAGCACUGGCCACUACAAUGAGCUGAUGCACAAGCCGCUUGACGACAAUGCAGAUGAAGUGACGUCAUCGCUCUACCCGCUGCUUGCUUAGUCCGGCGGCUGACCGAGACAUCGGGCCGGUCGACUAGGUCAGCCCCGCACGUCAGCUCGACCCAUUGCGAGAACAACCGCAUACAUCUCGUACAGUAUACAAAGUCUACACACACUCGCACACAGUACUCGGACAGGGACCAUGGAGGCU